AUGGCGGACAUCCAGAACAUUCUCGCUGCGCUUGCAGCUCAACGCCAGAAUGGGACACCAUCACAAGCACCACCAGGAGCUCCACCAGCUGUUCCAGGUGCCGGCUACCCUCCACCUCCACAAUACGCUGCGCCACCAGGUGCUGCCGCCUAUGGACUACCACAACCAAUCAACUCCGGAAGUGUAGAUCUCGCUAGUCUGAAUCCCGUCAACAGCGGACAGGUCAACUUCAAUGAUGCGCUCGCAAAGGCCCGUGAAUCGUACGAUCCGAAUCGACCUGGCUCACGCAACAAUGAUCCUCGAGCUGCUAGCCGCACCUAUCGUCGCUCUCGCUCUCCGUCUCGCUCACCUCCUCGUGUGCGUGAUGAGUACCGUGACAACUUCAAUCCAUACCGUGAUGAGAGAAGAGGCGGCAAUGAUAGAGGCUUCCGUGAUCGAUCGUACUCCCCAGGUCGUGGUGGCAGCGGUGGUCGUGCUGGUGGCCACUAUUCUCCAGCUGCUGGAUUCCAAGGCCCUCGCUCACCUGGUCGUGACAGUGCCAACGAUGACUCUGAGACCCUGCCCGUGGAGAAAAGUCUUGUUGGUCUUAUCAUCGGUCGUGCUGGUGAGAACCUGCGCCGUGUCGAGAACACUACCGGAGCUCGAGUUCAAUUCAUGGAUGGUCCUGAAACCGCAGGUAGUCAGCGCCACUGCAAGAUCUCUGGAACACGUUCUGCCCGUGCCGCUGCAAAAGCUGAAAUCUUCCGUGCUAUUGAAGACAACGAGGCCGGCGGCAAAGCCGGAGGAGGCCGUGCACCUGACCGCAGUCGAGGUGGUGCAGGUCGUCCUUCAGCUGGUGGCGCAGGCAUGAUGAGUGCUACUGCAGUCGCGGCUGCGGUCGCUGGAGGUACAAAAGAUGGCAAUAGCUUGCAGAUCCUCGUUCCCGAUCGCACCGUGGGUCUCAUCAUCGGUCGUGGAGGUGAGACGAUCAAAGAUCUUCAAGACCGUAGCGGCUGCCACGUCAACAUCACCGCUGAGGCUCAGAGCGUCAAUGGCAUGCGCCCAGUCAACCUCAUUGGCAGCCCUCAGUCCCAAGCCCAUGCGAAAGACCUCAUCAUGGAGAUCGUCGAGAGUGACCAGAAAGGUAUCAGUGUCAAGGAGUUGCGCAACCGUGGUCGCGAAUCAAAUCAAGACUCUGGAGAGAAGAUCAACGACAGCAUCAUGGUUCCUGGCGACUCUGUUGGCAUGAUCAUCGGCAAAGGCGGCGAAACCAUCCGCGACAUGCAGAACUCUACUGGCUGCAAGAUCAACGUCUCUCCGCCUAGUGGUCGUGAUGUCGAGCGUGAGAUCGGCCUGAUCGGUACCCGUCAUGCUGUUGAGGCUGCAAAGCGCGCUAUUCUUGCUAAGGUCGAUGCUGCUGAGGCUCGGGGUCGAGGUGGCGGUGGUGGCGGUGGCGGGCGUGAGAGUCGUGGUGACUAUGCCAACCCCAACCCUUAUCCUGGUCAAUCCGCAUACCCCGCUGCUGCAGCUGCCCCUGCUCAGCAAGCUCCUGCCGCUGGUGGUGAAGAUCCCUAUGCUGCUUAUGGUGGCUACCAGAACUACGCUGCUAUGUGGUAUGCUGCUGUCGCUGCUCAGCAGCAGGCUCAGGGCCAACAGCCUGGCGAGCAGCGUUGA